AAUAAAUGGCGGACAAGUUUGGAAUCGGGUUUGAUUAGUAACCGUGAAAAACAUCAAAAUGUGAUAUGAAAAUUGCAUUGAAAGCUUUUAAACGGAAAAUGAAAUCAAAGAAAAUUAUAUAGAAAUGGUGAAGAAAAAGGUUAAAACGUCCCAGAAGCUGAAACGGCGCGAGAAUUCUUGGCAUCAAGAAGAUGUGCAAGUCAACACUGGACUACCUCCGCAAGUUGAGGGUCAGCUGAGAUGCUUUUGUAGAGUAUCUGUCACUCAGAUAACAUGGGAUGUCCCAAACACCCCAGAUGUCACAUAUGUCAACCUAAAAUGGUGGGGUGAACCAGGAAAUGGAAUUAUGUUUAGGCCUGUAGAUCUUAAAUGCGGUAGUGCAGGACAGGCAAAGACCACAGCCAGGUUUCCAGUACGAUCUGGUCCUAAACAGUUCACAGCUUACUUGGCUGAUAUGUCCAGCCUAGUUCUAGAUGUUCUGAGUGGUCCAAUGCAAGUCCCUAUUGGGAAUGUCGAAGUUCCUAGUAUAGGAGAGUUAGCACCAAAUAGACCUAUAAAUGGACUGUACCCAAUAAUCUCACCUACGGAGGAGAAGAUAGGAGAACUCCAUGUAUCUCUUGUUUUAGAAUCUCUAAUGGCUUCCUAUGACAGUACAGGGUCUAUACCUACCACAGAUGUUAGUAUGGAAACUUAUACAUCUCAUGUAACCCAAGAGUCCACAUACCCGAAACAGUCCCGCCCCACUCCACACACUGAUCAACCACAAAAGCCGAUGGAAGAUCCAUUUAUAUCACCAGCUUCACAUCAGAAUGUUGAAACUAGAUUUCAAAAUGGCUAUACGGAAGAUUUGCGACAACAUUUACGUUACGAGGCUGAUCCGGCUGAACGUCGUUUCAAACAGAUGGAUAAUGGCAGUGCCGUUGCUAUAACAACUAAUGGUGAUGUCAUCAAAACUAGUAGUGGAGAGUCACUUCAAAGCAGACAAAAUGUGCGGGGAGAAGACCCCCAACAGAGACAAGCAGACGGUGACCUGUUGUCAGUUCUGUUGGAUCGAGGGAACAAAUUACGAGAACAAAUGAUCAUAUCUUCACUAGAAUCCAAGUCAAAAGCUGGGAACCAUGAACAGAUGGAACCAGCUUCUAUUCAACCAAUCAGAGGUUUACCUGAUAGGAGGGAAGUUGACAUGUCUUUAAGAAGUACAGAUGGUAGUUUCCUACAUGAGAUAUUGAGAGCAGAGAAGUUGUAUGGAGGUGGAGAAGAAGUUGAUCUAGAGGAUGCUGCAGUUGAUCUUGUGUUUGGUGACCAACUGACGGAUGAUAUUAGAUUAUUUGGGCGUGGCAGUCCCAAUCAGAGUUUAUCAGAUGAUGAUAUUAUUAGUGACCAGGAGGAUCCUGUACACAGCGAGUCAAUCCUAAAUGAAUUAUUUUAUAAGAACCCCGCCUCAGAGGAGGAGCUUAGUGGAGAUGACAGGAGGAAAACGCCCAACAAACACUUGGAUGAUGAGGCUAAUAUGCGCCCACCCUCCAGAAGUUCUUCUGUUUCAAGCUUAAAUCUGGCAUUCCCACCAGAUCCAGCUCCAAAAAAGACAUCAAAAGCAAAGACCCCUCCAAGAACCCCAAAGCGUAAAUCCAGAGUAAAAUUACGUCGAAAAGGUAGCAAGAAAAGGAAGUCAUCAAGGUCAAGGUCUAGGGCAAGUGCCAGUGAUUGUAGUGAUAGUGAGGCAUUAAGUACUGCUAGCACUCCGAGGUCAGAGUCGUCGCGGGUUUCCUUUGAUAUGAUACCAUCAGAUAUUGAUGAGCCGCCAGAACAAGAAGUAGCAAGGCACAAGAAGAACAACAAAGUUGAUGGAUUGAGUGUUGAACGUUUGACGUUGUUAGGUCGUGUUCAUGUUGCCAGGGUUACAAUAGAUCAGUUAAUACUGACAGUGCAUGACCUUGACUCUUCCAGCAGUAAACCGAAACCAAAGACAAAAUACGGCAUUAGACCACCAAAACCAUCUCCUAAAGCAAAGAAAUCAUGUACAUAUUUUAUCGAGUACCAGUUCCCAGUUGUUGCUACCUCAAGAGAUAAAUACUCGCCUAACGCCAUGGCAACUGAAGUGAUGAGGGUUGUGUCGAGAAAUGUGAAAAAUGGAGUGGUAACAUUUAAUCAUCGUUCUGUAUUUCCUGUGAUGUUUGAUGGAUCAGCUGUUGAGAAAUGGUGGAAGUCUGCACUCGUGUUUAAACUUUACUCUAGAACGGCUGGGCAGAAAGUGCCAUCACUCAUUGGAAGUUGCGGUAUUCCUCUUAAAUCAAUUUUGAAGUCUGAGAGUCUGUAUAUAUCAAAGGAUAUGGAGGUACGACAGUCAGACAAAGCUGGUAAUGUCUCGUUGAAUGGUUCUAAACAUGGCGCUGAUGGAAUGUUGGGGGCUUUGAAGAUUAUUGUUGAACUAGCUUCUGACAGUAAAGAGUUUCCAACUCAGUUGGCAAGAACCAAGCUGGCAGAGAUGACAGGAAAAGCUAAAAUAGUUCCUAUAUCUCAGACCCCGCCUCCACCAUCACAGAUCCCGCCUCCUCCUUUACAGCCCCUCCUUCAGGCUCCUAAACCACCAGUCCCUCCAGUGCAGCAGAAAGUCAGUGAACCAGAAAGAGGUUUUCCAAGGGGUAGAGAAGGAAGAAGUAGGUCAAGAUCACCAGCCAAUAAAGUGUCAGCAAACUAUGAAGCCUCGCCUCUUGAAGGUCUGUCAGUCCCGCCUCCUGUAUCAGUUCAACAUUAUCAAGGAGAUCAAGUGAUUUUAAACUAUCCCAGCAUGCAACAGGAAAUGGGAGAGGUAAUGACGCUUCAUGCAUUGUUGAUGAUACCAGAUGGUAAAGGAAUUACAACUCAGGGUAUUCCAUCUCUUAUGUCAGCCAAGAGACAUCCAGUCUUCCAGCCACCUAGUGCCCUAUCUGCUCCAGGUGUUCGGGCAAGAGACAUGUGUGUUCGCAACACAUACCUAGUGUGUAAGAUGUUUUGGUGUGAUGAGGCUGUACAUAGUGCUGUGUGCUGGGGUACUAGUGAACCCCAGUUCAAAUUUCAGCAGGUUGCCCCUGUGUUAAUGUCUCAAUCCUUACUUGAACGUUUGAAGAAUAAUUUUAUGAUUGUUGAAGUAUGGGAUAAGAAAACUUCGGCUGACAAUGAUAAGCUUGUUGGAAUUGUGAAGUUGAGUCUACACCAGUUUUAUAUGUCAUUCAGAGACAAAAGAAUAGCUUCAGCAUUGCUCAAAUCUCAAUAUCCUGUGAUAGCAGUGGAGAAUUCACUGCCAGUUGUUGAUGUGUUUAGUGGCUCACAGUUUGGUCAACUUAAUGUUCUUCUUGCCAUGGGAUCAGCAGAACAGGUGGCGCACCUUGUCAGGAUGAAAUCUGAUGGAAUGUCAGCUGUAUCGGCACCCGAACGACCACAACAUUAUCUUGAAAGACAAGAUUUAUUGCAUCAUAGAGAUACAAUACCAGCCCAAAUAGGUACAGAGUCUGUCGUGGAGCAUAUAUUUGAGAUAGUGAUCGAAGGAGUACGAGGUUUGAGCUUGUUUGAGAACAUGAUCUGGGGCGAGGCAGAUUGUUUCGUCCAGUACAACUUCCCAGCCCAGCAACAGAACAACCCACCAGGCACCCCAGUUAUACGGCAUGCUGUACCUACUAUGAAAGCUUUCCGAACUGCCACAACAUUGUGUAUAGCUGAUCCAACAUUCCAUGAUGUAACUAGACAUAGAAUAUUACUACCACAGGGUACUCCUGUACAGAGAGAACUGCUCACAGCAUGUGCUAAUACUGGCAGUGGCUCUGGAGGUCUACCAUUCGAGCUGUGGUGUAGAUAUUAUCAUCCUAAUGUAAGAGACCAGUGUAUUGCCAAGGCAAGUCUACCUCUAGCGAAGCUGUGUGCAAUGAUAACUAUGCAGAAACGUGGAGAACCCUCUGUGCAGACGUUCUCAUUCCCUCUGACUCAUGUACAAAGUGACCAUGAUUCAGAUAAACAGAAAUCCAAGACCAUGGAUGCUGGACUCAUGGACAUCACUGUCCAUUAUAAAAAUCAAGUCAUGCAGACAGAAACAGGUUCUGCAGCGGCCAAUAAAAACCUUACUGGAGCCCAAGUGUGUAUCUCAGUGGGAGUUAUUCGGGCAUGUGGACUUAAGGCAGCAGCAGAGAGUGCUGCGUAUUUAUAUCAGGGAAUGCAGUAUUCAGCAGAGGUUGGUGUAAAUGCUUACGUUCGUUGUAAACUGUCGUUCCUCGGUGCCGAUGGUGAGAGGAUUACCCGCACCGUCGCCAGGUCUUUUUCCCCGGAGUUCUCACACUUUAUGGACUUCCCAUGCCCUCUGUUGUGGACGGAGGCUAGCUCUGAUGCUCUAUGUCUGGCUGAGAUCCUGGAGACGGCAGAAGCCACCUUCGAAGUCUGGCAUCAAGUCCCAGGAAUGUCAUCUGAUUUGGAUAGACAGUUAAAUGCGUUGACAGCUGAUGGUGUGUCAGGACGUCAGAUUGUUGAGAAAACGUCAGAUGUUUUAAUCGGCUCUACAACACUGACUUUGGUCAAUUUGCUGUUACAGCGAACAGGUAUAAAUGGCUGGUACCCUGUAAAUAUCCCAGUAUCAGCCUGGAACCAGGAACAGCAAGAUGAGAACCAGAGCAAAUCUGGUCAGAGUGGAGGUUUGCAGAGAGUGGGUGGGGGACUAGAAGUGUCAAUAAAGUUUGCCCAUCAUGAAGACCGAGAAAGAGUUAUACAUGCAGCUAGAGGUGUUGGUUGGUCGCCAGUUAACCUUGAUAUAGAACAAGAUGACUGGGAAAGUGAAGAUGAGGACAGCAAUAGAUAUCAUCAUAUCAACAUCACCAUAGAUCAUGUCAACUUUCCAGUACAGAAUGCCCUUAUAGCUGGACAGAACACUCUCGAUAAAACUGCCAAGUGCUAUGUGAGAUACAAGUUUUAUGAUAAAGCUGCUGUGAUGUCAAAGUUUUCACCAGUCACUGUCAACAGUAGUGGUUAUAUAGUGUCACAACCUAGAAACAGACAUGACCUUCAACUUCCAGAUAGCUCUAUGUUUAGAUGGUAUCUGAGAGAAGAAAGGCUUGAAGUUCAAGUUUGGGUGACCUAUGGUUCCCAUAGAGAUGACCUUCAGAGACCUAAACAUAGAGACAAGCUGAUUGGCUCAGCCUAUAUCUCCAUGGAAACACUAAGUGAUCAAAGACGGAAACAACACAGAGUCAGCGGAAUGUUUCCCCUAUUCAAGCCAGGUAGCAGUAAUCUUGGUGGGGGAUACAUAAGAGCUCACAUUACAGCGAAACCACAGUUUGGCCGAAAUGAUCAGUCUGAGUGCCAAGAGGGUCUGAUAACUCUCAAUGAUGAAGAACUUGAUGAUGAUUAUGACCCUGAUGAUAGCUUCCACCAGAUAGUCAGUCACAAACCAAAGCAAAAAUCUCCCCAGAAAUCCAGCUCUCCAAUAAAGGAGGUGACAUCAGAGGUGGAGAAUACUGAAUCAGGGGAGACUACUAAUAAUUUCUCUGUAAUAAUCCAAGUGGAAAGAGCUCUACACCUGCCACAAAUGCAUGAUAAACAAAAGGGUUCGGACUACAUGCCCAAUACUUACGUCUCGUAUCCAACGGCUGAGAGCACCAUACCGUCAUAUUCUACUGUCUUCCACAACUCAGAUAACCCGGUCUGGGACCAUGAGCACGAGACCAAACUGGGCACUGAAAUGCUUCAUCAAGAAAAUAAACAUUUAGUUUUUAAAGUGUGGCAUAAGCCGGAUGGGGCACCUAAAAGUCCAGAUAAAUUAACAGAUAGAGUUCUAGGAUUUGUAUCGGUUGACUUGACGCCAUUGUCUAAUGGACUCCAGCAAAUCUCAGGCUGGUAUAACAUAAUGGACUUUAAUGGUCAAGUCAAAGGUCAAAUUAAGAUAAAUGUGAUACCUCAAGAAUCUGUGAUAUCAGGAGAGAUAGGGGCUACUUGUCAAAGAACAGAUGCUUUCUCCCACCCUACAAGUGCUUCUUUCCUGUCCCUCCCACCCUGGGGAACUCAAGGCCAGACAACCUCAGCCCCUGGGCCGUUCUCGUUACCCCAGUUUGAUCUGCCUCACUACAAGCAACAUUAUGACCAAGUGAAACAACACCAUGAGAUGUUACAACAGCAACUUCAAGAGCACAUUCAACAGUUUCUACGGCAACAAGAAGAAUGUCAAGGGUCAAGGUCAUCAGAACCAGUAGCUGCAUCAUCUGAUGUUACAACAGUAACUCAGGGACUUACAGAUGUUAUUUCUUCCGUACCUGAUCCAUCACUUUAUCAAAGGGAGCCGUCCCUGUACCAAAGGGAACCAUCUAUCCACUGGAGGCCAAAUUUGCCAGAGUUAAGACAGGAAGACUCGUCGUCUAGGUCUUACCUGUUUAGUAAUCUCAGGAGACAGAUGCAAGAUCUAGAUGAUGUUACCAACAAUCUCAGAUCCAAGUUGACAUGCCGGUCAACUGAUGCUGGACCAUCUCAAUCUGAUAUGAACCGUCUUCCGGACUUUGACAUUCCAGUGACCUCACAGUAUCCUCUCACUUCCACUCAGUCUUCUUUAACACUUUCAAACUUUCCGCGAAGUCAGAAUGAAACUCCCAGAGACGAUCUUGCAUACACUGGGUCACAUGGUGCCGAGUCGUCAAGAACAGUCGCAGAUUCUGGUGCUUUCUCUGCCGAGCAGUCCGCAGAAAAGUAUGAAGAUUCUGCCCCAACAUCACAAAGAAGUGUUAGUGACCGUCUCGAUACUUUACGUUCAGGUGUUACUCCCAGAGAUUUUCUCGAUAGUGGAAUACCUCACACUAAUAAUAAUUCUAAUGUAGAAGAACCAGAACAAAAUAUGUGGUUAACCAUGUCUCCGAGAGAUUCUGAGGAGAAGAAAGAUGAAUAUUCUGAAUCUGGUGGGUUUAGUUUCCGUCAUUCGCCAAGGGAGGCAUUACGUACUCCAAGAGAUUCUGUUCGAACACCUAGAGAUAUGAAAAACUCCUCUAAAGAGGUUGAACAACUUGUUAAUUCUAAUAUGGAAGUAAAUAAAGAAAAUGGUCUUGGGAGAUCAUCAGCUGAAGAAAAAGUUUCCAAAAGUGACCAAAAACAAAUGAGUAUUAUACAGGAAUACUCUGAAAAUGAUAAAAGUGAUUCAGAAGAUGAAGAAGGGGAGAAUAGAUACUAUCAUCGUUAUCGUGACAUGCUAGAUAAAAAAGAUGAUGAUGUAAAUGAAGAUGAUGAGGAGGAAGAAGAAGAUGAAGGUGAAAUAGUUGUUCCAAGGAGGAUAAAUGAUAUUUCUGGAAAGUUUUCGCCAACUGGAGAGAUUAUUAUGCUGAGUGAUGAUAUUAGUAGGUCAGUGCCAUAUGAUUUUACUGCUCGUAAUUCUCAUGAACAAUAUUCGGAACACUCUGAUAGUCGUAGUAACACGACCAGGUCAGUGCCAAAUUCAGCAAGGAGUGUCGAUACAGAGAAGGGAGGAAAUUUUCCAAGAGAAACAACUGACGUAUUACAAGACAUUGAAUCAGAAAACGAAAUGGAACCUAGGGUUAGAGAUUCAGUAGAAAUGGAUCAGCAGCCAGUUAUAUUUGAUGAAAAAGACAGUUGGUUGUCAGACUCGGAUAAAGAACCGGACCGCGAGGAACAUGUGAUAGGGUACCAAUAUUUACAAAACCAAGGGCAUUUAAUGAAAAAUAAACACCAGAGACAGGAUUCUGACACUGGAUAUAGUUCUCGAGAUAAUGUUUCUGAAAGUUAUCUGACACCAAGUGGAGGUGGAACAAAUUCGGAGACAGAUAUAUCUAGGUUACACGAACAUGAGCACUGGGAUCAUCGAGAUAGUGAUGACCAUGUUUUCUUGGAUAGACCUAAAAAUAGAUUAUUGGCUAAUGUUGAACUGGAAUCUACUGGAGGUAGUUUUGGAUUGAAAUAUGAUCCUGGUCAUUCAAGGAUUUCAUCUGCUGGAAGUCGGCAGACGCGUAAAUCAUCAGAACCGUCGGUAUCCGGUUCAUUUGAUGAGAAAGAGGAACAUGAUUAUAUGAGACAAGAAUUAACACCAAUAGAAUCUGCUAGAGAGAGUCAGCCAGUCUCUGCUAGGACCGAAGAACUGGAAGACUUCUUUACUGAUGAAAGGAAUGAAAAUCGUCCGCCAAACAAUCAUCAGCAAGAUGGUAGUGAAGCAUCUGAUAGUGAUGAUAGUGAAUUUAAUGAUCAAGUUAAAAGUCAAAGGAUUUACAAGGAGUAUGCAGAUUAUAGACAUCAAAAUGUUGAGAACGAUAUUGAUAACUCUGAACAUAGAAAUUUAACUCCGAGAAAUAGGAAGCAGGAACCAGUGCCAAAUUUUUUUAUGCCAGUACAUCAUCUGGAAGAGUCUAUGAGAACACUCCAGGUUGUCACAAAUAAGGUUGAUCCAGCUAAAGAAUCAGAGAAAGCAGUAGUUGCUUCAGAGAUGGUUUCCAAGCUGACAACCAGGGACAAGUUUGCUCAACUUAACACAAAAUCUCGCCUUCCAACUGCAGAGGAGACUAAACGAAUUGCAAAGAUUUUUUCCUCAAAAUUUUCAUGACCAUGUGCUAAUGAUAUAUUGAAUAUAGUGUUGUGUGGUUUACACUUGCAUUCACUAAGAGACAUGAUAUAUUGUUAUAUAGAUCUGUAGAAAUGCUAGGACUCUUUCUAAAGGGUAUUAAGCUAUAUUUAAUGAAAUAUUUCAUAAAUUUCCAAUGGUAAAGUAAUGUUGUUUCCAUAAUUUUAUGGUUGGUUUUUGAACAAUUUAACCUGAAGUUAACCCGAAAUAAGUGCUAAUUUCUCUAACUAACAGCUGGAAAUUAUUAAUUGAUCUUAAAACUAGGAUUAUUAUAUUUGAAGGUGCCAAAUGUUAACUUUGUUUUUUUCUCACUUGUAAUAUAAAUUGUAAUAUAAAAUGCAUAUAAAUGUUUGGAUUUUAUUAUUUCAAUACAUUUUUCAAUUAUAAAGGAUAAUUUUUUAGCUGUGUCUCUUUCCAUGUAUUAGGUAGGGAGAAAUUUUGAUAUUGUACUUUCUGUAGUCCGCAGCUGACAUUUUGUCUCGUCCACAUCAAUUUGUCAUUUGUUAGCUAAUAUUUUUUGAGACAUGUUCACCAUCAUGAGAAAUGAGUUAUUCACAAGACACUGAUCUGUUGCUUCAAGGUCAAGGUCAAAUUUAAAGGUCAAAUAUGGGGUCUUUUUCAUGUUCAGUCUAUUAAUUUGUCACUCUUUGUUGACAUUUAAAUAACAUAGUCAGAAAUGUUGACCAUAAUGAGACAAUGCCCAGGUGCAUAGCUUGAAGGUCAAGGUCAAACUUAAUAGGUCAAAGGUUAAAAGUUCUUAUUGCAUUGAUGAUUAAAUACUAAAAGUAUGACAUGCUUGAAUGGACUUUUGGGUAGAAAGACCUAAUACAUAAUGGUGAGAUGGGAGUGGGCUUAGAGUAAGGGGAGAUAUGUUUGUUCUUUCAAAAGAAAACUAGUUAUGUGUAUGUUUUUAUAAAACCAUGUCAAAAAUUAAUGCAUGACCUUUAUUUUGAGAAUUCAGCUUUGUUUUUCUCAUUAUUUAUUAAAUAAUAUUCAGCACAUACUUUUAUAUAUUUAUGAUUUUUAACAGCGAAAUUUGAAAUUUCUUGUUUUGAAAAAAAAAUCAUUGUAGAUUGAUUUUGAACUAUCCUUCUAUAUUGAGUUUGUAUAAAUGUCAUGGACUGUCCUUUAAACUCACUGUUUGGAACAUGUAUAUAUAAAAUGAUAAUUUUUGCGUCACUUGUUAAACAAAGCACACAUUUUUUGCAUUCCAUAUCAUUUCUUUAGAUCUGCUAUUAUUUAUUUAAACCAGAAACUCAUUGUCAAAGUCUGAAGCAUAGUCAUAAUAUUUUGAUCAUAUGAAGCAGCAUACUAUUUGUUUUACUUUAUCUUUAGAUUUCAUAUGAGCCGCGUCCUGACAAAACCAACAUAAUGGGUUUGCGACCAGCAUGGAUCCAGACCAGCCUGCGCAUCCGCGCAGUCUGAUCAGGAUCCAUGCUGUUCGCUUACCAACUCUAUCACAAGUAGAGAAACUGAUAGCGAACAGCAUGGAUCCUGAUCAGACUGCGCGGAUGCGCAGGCUGGUCUGGAUCCAUGCUGGUCGCAAACCCAUAAUGUUGGUUUUGUCAUGACACGGCUCAUAUAUUUCAUUGCCUUCUAAUUUUUUAUAGAUACAAAAGACAAUAGAAAUUCUAUACAUAGAUAAACAUAUUUCCAGAAGCAUUGGUGACAUUGUUUUCAAUUUUUUGUGCAAAGUGAAUUUCUUUAAAAUGAUUAUACAUGUAGUAAAAUUGGAGAUGUAUUUAUAAAUAAUAUUUGACAAUGAUAUUUCAAUCAGAUUCCUUCGUAGAAGGUUGACUGAAAAAUGUUGCAUUCUUUGGUAGAAUAAAAGACUUUUCUGGAUUUUUUGAUAAAAAACUAUUUACUGUAAUAAAUUUCAUGUAAGCUUUGAAAAUUUGUUCAAACAGUGUGGGUAAAAAGUAGCAAAUUUCAAAAUGCAUUUGACCAUGUGACAUCACAUUGAUCAUGUGACAUCGGCAUUGAUCAUGUGACAUUGGCAUUGAGCAUAAUUUCAUCAUCUAGUCAUUGUUGUCCAUGUGAUAUUGUUUUAAUAUGUGUCAUUUCAUGUAUUUUGUGCAUAUAUUAUGUGAAUUUUGUCUGUGUAUAUGAUGUGUUUUAUGUGUAAUUUCCAUGUGCUUUACACAUAUAUUUCAAGCAUUGAAUGCAUUGAUUUCACAUGUUUUAUACAUAAUUACAAAUGUAUAUUUAUGUUUGUUAUGCAUAAUUUCCAUUUGUUUUAUGCAUAUAUUAUCCAUGUGUUUUAUGCAUAUCAUCCAUGUGUUUCAUGCAUAUUUUACAUGUGUUUUAUGCAUAUAUUAUCCAUGUGUUUUAUGCAUAUUAUCCAUGUGUUUUAUGCAUAUUAUCCAUGUGUUUUAUGCAUAUUAUCCAUGUGUUUUAUGCAUAUUAUCCAUGUGUUUUAUGUAUAUUAUUCAUGUGUUUCAUGCACAUUAUCCAUGUAUAUUAUCUGUAUCUAUCACUUUAUCAAUAUGUCUGUUGUAGUCAGUUUAGUCCAGUUUUGGUGUCAUUAUUCUGGUUAGCACAUGACAUUAGGGUUUGAGUGUGACAUUCCUUAAAUUGACAAAUUCUCAUAAAUUUUUCAAUCAUUGAUCUUUGUUUAUACACUACCACACAUUACCACACAUUUAAAUCUCAUUUAGGACCUCAUAAUCUCAUUUAGGAUCGUAAAAUCUCACAUAGAAUCAUAUAAUCUCACUUAGGUCUAUGUUACAGAUAGAACUUUCAUUUGACAUGGCCAAAGGUUAAGGUUUUAUAUGAAUAACCUGUCUAGUAGCAGUCUGGGAAAAAUGACAGAAUAUGAUUGGUUGAAAAUGAAGGUUUAAAAUUGACUAAUGGUUGAUUUGUGUUUUCAGACUGGUCUACAGUAGCAAUUUUAGAAGAAUGUACAAGUAGUUGUAAAUCACAGCUUUACAGUUAAUGUUGAAAUAUAGCUUAGAUUAAUCAUUGAAUUUCCAUUUCAAUCACAUCGUUUUUUUAUAUGAAUUUCUCCACUUAGUAUUUUAGCAGAUUACUUUCAUUGACAAGUAGAAAGGUAAUAAUGUUUGCUUAUUAUUACAUUAAAUGGUAUACCUAUCAGUAGUAGAGUUUAACUUGUUUUUGAAAUUUUCAUGUUUUCAUACAAGUAUGAUCAUCAUUUUCAGUGGUAGCUACAAAUUCAUUUCUUCCGUCCAACGAAUAUUGAGAGUAUUAGUUAAAACCAUGGUGUAUAUACUUAUAUUUUGUUAUUGAAUAUGGAUAAGAAGCUUGCAAUUUGAACUCACAUACAUUCUUACAGGCUUUUGUAUGGUUAGAAACAAGUUUUGACGAAAUUACUUCCCUUGUGCAUCAUUUAAAUUGGCCAAUCACAGGGCAUCUUUUAAAUCUUUUUUGAAUUUCCUUUACUGUAGUAAUACAUUUCUCACUUGUAAACAUUGUAAAGAUUUUAAUUUGAACGUUAUCAAAUUAUCGUAAAUAUUUUUAUCUUCAUGUCUGUUGUUAGCGAUUUUUACUUUUUUACUGACACUUUUGGACAUGAAUUUAGCAUUUAUGUUACGUUUUGCCCUGAUGUACUUUUUACAUGUUGUCUUGUUCAGUUAUGCAGAAUUUUUUCAUUUGUUUUGUACAUGAAUUAAGUUAUUACAUUACUUUACUUGUUUGUAAUUUGUACACAUAGGUUUUGUUGAUAAAUUAAGAAAUGACAAAUUAUGUUAAAUGAUGAGUACAAAAUUUGUACAUAAAUGUAAUGUGAUGUAAAUGAAUUGGUACUUAAUUUGUACAUAUUGACAGGUUACAUUAUAAGAAUUGGUACACAAUUUAUUUGUAAAAGUACUUUUUAUGUAAAUGAAUUGGUACUUUAUUGUACAUAUUGACAGGUUACUUUAAGAAUUGAUACUCAAUUAUUUGUAAAUGAACUUAAAUGCCAUUCUAUUUAAUUCCAAUAUUACGUAAACACUACAUGGAUGCAAAUUAAUGUAAAGGUAGCAUUACUUUUUAUGUUCUUAAAUGGCGAUUUAUUUAAAGGUAAACAUUACAUUUUAUGUACAUAAAUGUAAAUAUAUGUAAACUAACGAGUAUGUAGAAUAUAUAUAUAUGAAUGUUGUUAUUAUUUACAUGUAUAAUUUAUGCAAAUAGCUCUGCCAGUUCAUUAGAAUACACUGACUGUAGAAUAACCUAGUUAUUUAUAUGUAAAUUAGUGUACAUUUAUAAGUGUACAGAUUAUAAUAAAGUAAUAUUUUCAUACACUGUA